AUGACUCGGACUUCCCAUCAAGCUCUUCACAGGCGCUUGCGUAUCAGCCAGAAUCGAGCAAUAUGGCUGCGGUGUGCGCUGCCUCCCGUGUCCUCGGGAGAAAGAUUGUGUCAUCUAAAGCUCUGCCAGCGGUAUGCCAGGCAAGCAACCGCAAGUUGCAUUUCUCCAUCUAUGGAAAAAAGGGAGAUGCAAAAGUCUCAGAUGGUAUCUCCACACAAUAUCCAGUAGUAGACCAUGAGUUUGAUGCUGUUGUGGUGGGAGCAGGUGGCGCUGGGCUGCGUGCAGCUUUCGGUCUGUCGGAGGCCGGUUUUAACACAGCCUGUGUUACUAAACUUUUCCCCACCCGUUCACACACAGUGGCCGCACAGGGUGGGAUUAAUGCUGCAUUAGGCAACAUGGAGGAAGAUGACUGGCGUUGGCACUUUUAUGAUACAGUGAAGGGAUCUGAUUGGCUGGGAGACCAGGAUGCCAUUCACUACAUGACAGAGCAGGCUCCUGCUGCAGUGGUGGAGCUGGAGAACUUUGGUAUGCCCUUCAGCCGUACAGAGGAUGGUAGGAUCUAUCAGCGUGCCUUCGGAGGACAGAGUCUGAAGUUCGGCAAAGGAGGUCAGGCUCACAGAUGCUGCUGUGUGGCGGACAGGACGGGUCACUCUCUUCUUCAUACACUCUACGGACGGUCUCUGCGGUAUGACACCAGUUACUUUGUGGAGUACUUUGCUCUGGAUCUGCUGAUGGAGGAUGGAGAGUGUAAGGGAGUCAUCGCACUGUGCAUGGAGGAUGGAUCCAUCCACCGUUUCAGAGCCAAGAACACAGUCAUUGCUACUGGUGGUUAUGGCCGCACAUACUUCAGCUGUACAUCAGCCCAUACUAGCACAGGAGACGGUAAUGCCAUGGUGACCCGUGCUGGACUGCCCUGCCAGGAUCUCGAAUUUGUGCAGUUCCACCCCACAGGUAUCUAUGGAGCUGGAUGCCUAAUCACAGAGGGCUGCCGUGGAGAGGGAGGAAUCUUGAUCAACAGCGAAGGCGAAAGGUUCAUGGAACGUUACGCACCCAAUGCUAAAGAUUUGGCCUCUAGGGAUGUAGUCUCACGGUCCAUGACCAUUGAGAUUAGGGAAGGAAGAGGUGUUGGGCCAGAUAAAGACCACGUCUACCUGCAGCUCCAUCACCUUCCACCCCAGCAGCUUGCUACUCGCCUGCCUGGCAUCUCUGAAACCGCCAUGAUCUUUGCUGGAGUUGAUGUCACAAAAGAGCCCAUCCCAGUAUUACCCACCGUCCACUACAACAUGGGCGGCAUCCCCACCAACUACAAGGGACAGGUCAUCACCCAUAAGAAUGGUGAGGAUAAGGUAGUGCCAGGCCUGUACGCCUGCGGUGAGUCCGGCUGCGCAUCAGUACAUGGUGCUAACCGCCUGGGAGCCAACUCGCUGCUGGAUCUGGUUGUGUUUGGACGUGCUUGUGCGCUGACCAUUGCUGAGACAGACACUCCAGGAGAGAAGCUUUCCCCUCUUAAACCCAAUGCAGGAGAGGCUUCUGUUGCCAAUCUGGACAAGAUCCGCUUUGCUAACGGCAGUACCAGAACCUCAGAGAUCAGACUGAAUAUGCAGAAGACCAUGCAAAAUCACGCUGCCGUGUUCCGUACUGGAGAUGUACUGAAGGAGGGUUGUGAAAAGAUGGACUCCGUCUACAAGUCGCUGGAUGACAUCAAGACAUUUGACAGAGGCAUUGUCUGGAACACUGAUCUGGUGGAGACUCUGGAGCUGCAGAAUCUGAUGUUGAAUGCGGUGCAGACAAUUGUCUCCGCUGAAGCCCGUAAAGAGAGCAGAGGAGCUCACGCCCGUGAGGACUUCAAGGACCGUAUAGAUGAGUAUGAUUACUCCAAGCCUCUGCAGGGACAAGUGAAGAAGCCUUUCGACCAGCACUGGAGAAAACACACACUGUCCUAUGUGGAUCCCAAGACAGGAAAGGUUACUCUGGAAUACAGACCUGUGAUUGACAGCUCUCUGAAUGCAGAAGACUGUGCUGCCAUUCCCCCUGCAAUCCGCUCCUAUUAAACACAUCCUGACGUACCCCAGCUGACUCCGCCCUUUUGCUUAUUUAUAAUCGGCCAAUAAAUCAAUGAAUAUCUUGUGUUUGACAGGCUACACUUCAUUUAAAUAUGACUUCAUAAAACCUGCUGAAAUAUCAGAGCAAAUGAAAAGUUACUCCAGUCAGACUCCGUGGUUAAAGACAAUAAUAACAGCUUUGUGAUACUGGUGUAUAUUUACUCCAAGGCAUCCAUCACAUUGGCUCUAAACCGUUCUGCCAAGUAAAUCAUUAAAUAUUUAAUAUUUAAAUGUUGAAUGAUGGUCACAACGCUGUCAAGAAGCACUUGCACCUUGUGGAAAAUAGAUUAAACUAGUAAACUACUCAACAGUUUGUGAUGCUAAUGCAAUGUACGGUUUCACGUGUUUGACCUGGUGGCCUUUCAUUCUCAAAUAUAUUCACAACUCAUCUGUAUGUAAAGUUCUGUACAUCUUGCAUGUUUUGUUUUGUAGGUUCUGUUGAAACUCAAUAAAGAUGAUCUGGGUGAUAA